GUCGGGUGUUCGUUCUAGUUGUGAUCGUAUUUAAACGAUAGUUUGAAUGGGAUUAUUUUAUAAAACUCAAGUUUCCAGUGGUUUGUGAUAUUAAGAUCGGAUUAAAAUGACAAAGGAUAGAUUAGCAGCUCUUGUUGCGGCUCAAAGCGACGAUGAUGAUGUGGGCCCCGAUGAUGUUGCCGUCAACGUUGAAGGCAGGGACGGCUUCAUGGACGCGUUUUUCGGAGAGGUUGAAGAGAUACGGGACAUGAUAGAAAAGAUACAGGCCAAUGUAGAAGAGGUUAAGAAAAAACACAGUUCCAUACUUUCAGCACCGCAGAGUGAUGAAAAAACGAAACAGGAAUUGGAAGAUCUAAUGGCCGAUAUCAAGAAAACUGCCAAUAAAGUCCGUGCCAAGCUAAAGGUUAUAGAACAAAAUAUAGAAACGGAAGAACAAAAAAAUAAAUCGUCGGCGGAUCUGAGGAUACGAAAAACUCAACAUUCGACGUUAUCCAGAAAAUUCGUAGAAGUUAUGACUGAAUAUAACCGAACUCAAACAGAUUACAGAGAAAGGUGUAAAGGAAGAAUACAAAGGCAGUUAGAAAUUACCGGUAGGCAAACAACUAACGAGGAAUUAGAAGAAAUGUUAGAACAAGGAAAUCCGGCAGUUUUCACCCAAGGUAUCAUAAUGGAAACGCAACAAGCGAAACAGACAUUAGCCGAUAUCGAAGCGAGGCACGCCGAUAUCAUCAAGUUAGAAAAUUCAAUUAGAGAAUUGCACGAUAUGUUUAUGGAUAUGGCGAUGUUGGUAGAGAAUCAGGGUGAAAUGAUCGAUCGUAUCGAAUACCAUGUCGAACAUGCAGUGGAUUACGUACAAACGGCCACCCAAGAUACUAAAAAGGCAUUACGAUAUCAAAGUCGUGCCAGACGGAAGAAAAUUAUGAUUUUGAUCUGUCUCACAAUCUUGGCAAUAAUUAUAACGUGUACCAUCGGAGGAUAUCUUGGAUUGGUGUAAAUUUUAUUGGACAAGCAUAAUACAAACCUGUCGCAUAUGCAUACUUAUCACAACAACAAUUGUGUUUGGUUCCAAAUUUAAAUAAAAAUGGUGUAAAUUUAUUAUUACGUUAGAGAAAAUCUAGUCAAGCUGUAAUAUAGUGAGCUAAUAAAAAAAAUGUUUAUACUAACUGCAUCAAGAUUAAAAUUUUGUUGUUAAAAACGCAAUUAAGAAUAAAAUAAAUCAAUGUGUUCUUUUCCGAUAGUGAACAAAUUGUCACAAUAGCUGUGAAUUUAAGAAGAAAAAUAAAAACACAAUUUUAAUCUGAGAGCAGUAAAUGCGACAAAUGAUAUUUUUAACGUCAUAUCCUUUUUGCAGAAUUUGAAUAGCAAUAAUAUUCUGAUUUUUACUGUGUGAUAUUCAAUAUUUUUGUUAAAUAUUAAAACUUGUUAGCGAGUUUUAGAUAAUACCCAAAGUGAAAAUACAUUUCGCCACAACCACACAUGUAAAAUAUACAGUGAGAAUCAUUGACAUACCGUAAUCAUUGAAUUAUUAUAUUUAUUUAAUUAACUCGUAAAAAUUAUUGUCGAGAUGUUUUUUCAUACAUUAUUAUCUAAUCUAAUUUAUAGUGUACAAAACAAAUGGAAGUAUUCCGCCAAAAAGUUGGAAUACUUAUUUUUGGGGCAUUUAAAAACUUUCCUGAAUAUGCCAUUUUAGAAGCAAAAAAAUGGUUAUAUUUAUAUUUACCCGAUUUGGGAAUGUAAUUAAUUUUGUAAAAAAAUUCUCAAAAUACCUAUUACCGAUAUAGCAGAUAAACGUUAUGAACAUUAAACUAAGGCCGGGUUUCUUAACCUCCGAAUAAAUCGAGUUAUUUGCCAAAUAAGUCACAACUGUCAAUUGAAACUGUUUAGUAGAAACUUAACCUAAAAUAUCGUACAUGAAAAGUGGUUUGUUUCUUUCUAUAUUUGAUUAGUUCAUUUUUGGAAGUAUCCGUCAUACAAAAAUAAUUAAAUACUUAUUAUAGAUGCUUUCCGAGAUUUAAAAGAUGAGGAAUUGAUUGAGGAAAUAAAACAAAUUCCAGAAGAACGAGUUUAUUCCGUUUAUUAUCGACUGUUUAUAACGUUUAUUUGCUAAUUUUUAGAAAAUUCUAGAAACAGUAGAAAUAGAUGGGUAGACGACAAACAAAAAUUGUUCUUUUCAAGAACUAUCUGCACAAUCAGUAGCAUUUGAGAGGCCUAAAACGAAAACGUCACUCGAAAGCAGUACCUUUUUCGAGUACCUGUAUUUCUUUACGAAAAAUUUUGUUAAUAGGUACUGUUUAUCUCGUCCCCAUUAUUUUUUCCUUUAAAACACAAAGCCAUUAAUUAAGAAAAGAAGUCAAGCAAUGGGAUAGAUUUGAAAAAGAUUUCGAAUUAUAUGAAGACGCAUCAAACUAAUUGUACAACUGAAAAAAGAAA